CGCGGAACAAGCCGGGGAAACGACGUUGCGCGUUGCGUGUCGCAUUCGCCGUUCACCUCCCAGCAGCAGUGUCUCGGACCCAACGUCAUUCCUCUUAUCUCCAUCUUGACAACCACAAGCGGACGCAUCCUCCACAGAUCCGUUGCGAGCCAUCCCAAGCAAUGCACACGGCACUUUUGAGACAGCUGUAGGAGCUGCAUCUAUGCUCAACACUGAUCAUCACCAAACCGUCCGACCUGCCCGGCGCAAACAAUUACUGCCGGUACUAACGAAGCUCGCCAUCCUCCUCAUACCUUAGGCAACCUUCAUCAUCAAAAACAGCAAAAAUGGACUUCGCACCCUACCAGUCCUCCCCGCCAGAGAACUCCCGCCCCUUCUCCCCACCCCGCUCGACAACAGCCUCCCCCCGCACAUCCUAUGAUUAUAACCCCUACACCAACCGCCUGCAACGACCUAAUAACAUGAACUCCCCGCCUCCGCUGCAGCACCCCCAACCACAGCGCCAGUGGAACCCGACAUCGAGCUUGGCGACUGGCACGGGCGCGUAUUAUAAGCCCGUUGGGGUCGAGGCGAGUGGAGGUGUAGUGGAAAGAGGGCUCGGGGUUAGUGAGUUCGAUACGAGUUUGGGGUUGAGGCUUGACUAUGAGGCAGCUGCAGCGUACCUGUUGGGCCCGCCGGUGGGCGCGAUUGUGUUGUUGAUCCUGGAGAGGAAGAGUGAUUAUGUUAGAUUCCACGCAUGGCAGUCGAGUCUGCUCUUCACGACAAUCUUCAUCAUCCACCUCAUUUUCUCUUGGUCAACGUUCCUAAGCUGGGUCUUCUUUCUUGGCGACCUCGCUCUGAUGGCGUGUAUGGCUCUGAAGGCAUAUCGAGAUGCGGACACCUUAGACAGAUACGAGAUCGCCGUAUUCGGACAGCUGGCCAGUCGGUUCGUGGAUGACGAGUAAACUGAUGUCUCUGGCAACGGAUGGUAGAUGUAAGGGGUUUAGACGGAACACGGGCUCAACUGAGGGAUGACAACGAGUUGGGAGACGUAUUCCAUUUCCACAUAUGUGUUUAACGUUGCUGAUAUGUAUAUACCCCCUUUUCCUAGGUGAGGCAUGGCUCAAACUUUACUGUCUUCUCGUGCAUUACUCCACCCCGAAUACUUCCAAUUGCUUUUCCCACUCCGAAGCCUGUAGUGAG